GAGAUGCCACACUCGCUCCGCGGUUCGCAUGGCGCUCUGAAGACGCCGGCGCCCGCCGCCUUGAGGAGCCGCUGCCCCCGCUCCCUGAAGAUGGGGGAACAAUGAAAUAAGCGAGAAGAUUCCUCUUCUCCCCCCUCUCUCUCUUACCCCCUCCCCCCCUCCCCUUCCCUCUCCCCUUGACUCCUCUCCGAGGCACCAUGCUGACCCGCCUGUUCAGCGAGCCCGGCCUCCUCUCGGACGUGCCCAAAUUCGCCAGCUGGGGCGACGGCGACGACGACGAGCCGAGGAGCGACAAGGGCGACGCGCCGCCGCAACCCCCGCCUGCGCCUGGGCCGGGGGCUCCGGGGCCCGCCCGGGCCGCCAAACCAGUCCCCCUGCGUGGAGAAGAGGUACCAGAGGCCACGUUGGCGGAGGUCAAGGAGGAAGGCGAGCUGGGGGGCGAGGAGGAGGAGGAAGAGGAGGAGGAAGAAGGACUGGACGAGACGGAGGGCGAACGGCCCAAGAAGCGCGGGCCCAAGAAACGCAAGAUGACCAAGGCGCGCCUGGAGCGUUCCAAGCUGCGGCGGCAGAAGGCGAACGCGCGGGAGCGCAACCGCAUGCACGACCUGAACGCAGCGCUGGACAACCUGCGGAAGGUGGUGCCCUGCUACUCCAAGACGCAAAAGCUGUCCAAGAUCGAGACGCUCCGCCUAGCCAAGAACUAUAUCUGGGCGCUCUCCGAGAUCUUGCGCUCCGGAAAGCGGCCCGACCUGGUGUCCUACGUGCAGACUCUGUGCAAGGGUCUGUCGCAGCCCACCACCAAUCUGGUAGCUGGCUGCCUGCAGCUCAACUCACGCAACUUCCUCACGGAGCAGGGCGCCGACGGCGCGGGCCGCUUCCACGGCUCCGGCGGCCCGUUCGCCAUGCACCCCUACCCUUACCCGUGCUCGCGCCUGGCGGGCGCACAGUGCCAGGCAGCCGGCGGCCUGGGCGGCGGCGCGGCGCACGCCCUGCGGACCCACGGCUACUGCGCCGCCUAUGAGACGCUGUAUGCAGCGGCCGGAGGUGGUGGCGCGAGCCCGGACUACAACAGCUCCGAAUACGAGGGCCCGCUCAGUCCCCCGCUCUGUCUCAAUGGCAACUUCUCACUCAAGCAGGACUCGUCGCCCGACCACGAGAAGAGCUACCACUACUCUAUGCACUACUCGGCGCUGCCCGGCUCGCGGCCCACUGGCCACGGGCUGGUCUUUGGCUCGUCUGCCGUGCGCGGGGGCGUACACUCGGAGAAUCUCUUGUCUUACGAUAUGCACCUUCACCACGACCGGGGCCCCAUGUAUGAGGAGCUCAAUGCGUUUUUCCAUAACUGAGACCUCGCGCCAGUUCUUUUCUUUUUCUUUUGCCUUUGCCCGUCCCCCUGCCCCAGCCCUCUCCGACCGCAGGGGCACCCCCAUCAACCCGGGCGGCGCUGGGCGCAGGGAGCGGGCCGCCGGUCCUGCCGCUCUUCUGGGCAGAGCCGUCUCUUGCCUAUAGUUGGCCCGUCCCAGGGGCCUCGCUUCCCCCAGGGGACUCGCCUUCUCUCUCCCCAAAGGGUUCCCUCCUUCUCUCUCCUAGGGAGUGCUUCUCCAGGGACCUCUCUCCGGGCCCUCCCUGGAGAUCCCCCCACUCCCAAUAACUUCACUUAGGUUUUCUCCUCCCCUCCUCCCUGCAGGCCCAAAGGCGUUGGUAAGGGGGCAGCUGAGCUGUGGGACGCGGUUUUCCCCUGUCAUCAUUAUUAUUUUAAAAACAGACACCAAGAUGCCGAGGCCCGAAAGGAGCUGGGCGCCCCCUCUUUCUUGAAGAGGGCAGAAGUCAGGGCGCCUUCGCCUCCAACCCCGAGUUUUGUAAUUUUAAUUUUGGCGGGAGGGGAUGUGGAUUGAGAGGAAAGAAAGGCCAAGACAAUUUGUAACUAGAAUCCAUUUUCCCUUUUCCUUUUUUUUAAACAAAACAAACAUACAAAAAAAUUUUAAAAAAUUUAAAAAAAAAAAAAAAAAAAAGAGGCGACGGAGGCCGAACGCAGAGUCCGGAUCGGAGAGAAAAAGCAGUAAGAACUUUUAGAAGCAAUAAAAGGCAAAAAAUACUACUACCAAUAAUAAAAAGACACAAAUAUCUAUGCAAGGAGGUUCUGACUGAGCCUAGCGGCCCGGCCCGGUCCCGGGAUGCCCCUCCCUGUCGGUUGGCCGCCCCGCCCAAGCGCGGAUCUGUGCACUUUGGUGAAAUGGGGGCCCGCGCCGCCCCCUCCCCCUCCCCAGGUUCUUACAAUCAGUGACUCGGAGAUUUGGGGCCCCAGUGCCACUGCCCUCCCCCGCCCCGUCCCCGUUGUGCGUCAUACUGUUUUUUAAAACCUGUUUCCAAAUUUGUAUGGAAUGGCAAACUGUUGGGGGGUCGGUUUGGGGAGGGAGGGUUUGCAUGAGAGACACACACACGCACACCACACCGCACGCACACGCAGGCCCAGCGCGGGCGUCCGGGGACAAGGAGGUGAGCUUGUUGGCUCCUCCUCCCCGCAGGCACUUCCGUCCGCUCUUGGGGUUAGGCGGAGGGGAAGGUGACCUGGGGGUAGCCCCCGCCCUGUCCCGACAGUGCCUCAGUGGGCGCCAAGCGCCCGGCGAAAUCCGGUGGCUGGAGAGGGUUUUUUGUUUUGUUUUGUUUUGUUUUGUUUGUCCUAGGCGUCCUCCUGGCUUUUGCAGGCGGGUGGGCGGGGAGGUUUGAGGGCUCCUACUUGGAGGUUUCCCCCCAAAGGGGCAAAAGGUGAACCUCUCCCCACCAGAGGCAGGGGAUCAGGCAUCCAAACACACGAUGCAAAAAUGCAAACCCACAGGCGACACACCCACACACUCACCCACACACUUACACGCAAUUUUACCUUCCUCUUGUAGCGAAGAUGAAACUCCCGUCGGACACCCGAAGUGCAUUGCGUGUUUCUGUUCAGUUUAAUGACGAUUAAUAAAUAUUUAUGUAAAUGAGAUGCAAA